UUCGCUCCUUCUUCUCAAAGAUGAAAGCAGGCUCGGCGGUCUUUGCCGCUGCUCCAGGACUGUUGCUGCGGCCGCCGCUGCUUCAUUGCACAUUCAAGUGGAAAAUUUUCAGGAGUCAGCAGAAACAUUGUGUCCAAAAAAGACUGAGUCGCAGUUACCAACAAACCCUGGAGAAGACUCCCUGGAAAACUUCCCUUCGGUUUAUUUUCUUGAAAAGACUCCAGGCUUCGGCUUGGAAAAUCCAACCGCCAAAAUUGAGCCCAGCAGCUGGAGCGGCAGCGAGAGCCCUGCCGAAAAUAUGGAAAGGAUGAGCGACUCUGCAGAUAAGCCAAUUGACAACGAUGCAGAAGGGGUCUGGAGCCCGGACAUCGAGCAGAGCUUUCAGGAAGCCUUGGCUAUCUAUCCACCAUGUGGGAGGAGGAAAAUCAUCUUAUCAGAUGAAGGCAAGAUGUAUGGUAGGAAUGAAUUGAUAGCCAGAUACAUCAAACUCAGGACAGGAAAGACACGGACCAGAAAACAGGUGUCUAGUCAUAUACAGGUCUUAGCAAGAAAGAAAGUUCGAGAAAUUCAAGCCGCCAUUAAGGUGUCUAGUCACAUUCAGGUUCUUGCCAGAAGGAAAUCUCGUGAUUUUCAUUCCAAGCUAAAGGUAACAAGCAUGGAUCAGACUGCCAAGGAUAAGGCCCUGCAGCACAUGGCCGCCAUGUCGUCAGCCCAGAUUGUCUCGGCCACUGCCAUUCACAACAAGCUGGGGCUGCCUGGAAUCCCACGCCCCACCUUCCCUGGGGCACCAGGGUUCUGGCCAGGAAUGAUACAAACAGGGCAACCAGGAUCCUCACAAGACGUCAAGCCCUUCGUGCAGCAGGCCUACCCCAUCCAGCCAGCGGUCACGGCCCCCAUUCCAGGGUUUGAACCUGCGUCGGCCCCAGCUCCCUCAGUCCCUGCCUGGCAGGGCCGCUCCAUUGGCACAACCAAACUUCGCCUGGUGGAAUUCUCAGCUUUCCUCGAACAGCAGAGAGACCCAGACUCGUACAACAAACACCUCUUCGUGCACAUUGGGCAUGCCAACCAUUCUUACAGUGACCCAUUGCUCGAAUCAGUGGACAUUCGUCAGAUUUAUGACAAAUUUCCUGAAAAGAAAGGUGGCUUAAAGGAACUGUUUGGAAAGGGUCCUCAAAAUGCCUUCUUCCUCGUAAAAUUCUGGGCGGAUUUAAACUGCAAUAUUCAAGAUGAUGCCGGAGCUUUUUAUGGUGUAACCAGUCAGUAUGAGAGUUCUGAAAAUAUGACAGUCACCUGUUCCACCAAAGUUUGCUCCUUUGGGAAGCAAGUAGUAGAAAAAGUAGAGACGGAGUAUGCAAGGUUUGAGAAUGGCCGAUUUGUAUACCGAAUAAACCGCUCCCCAAUGUGUGAAUAUAUGAUCAACUUCAUCCACAAGCUCAAACACUUACCAGAGAAAUAUAUGAUGAACAGUGUUUUGGAAAACUUCACAAUUUUAUUGGUGGUUACAAACAGGGAUACACAAGAAACUCUUCUCUGCAUGGCCUGUGUAUUUGAAGUUUCAAAUAGUGAACAUGGAGCACAACAUCAUAUUUACAGGCUUGUAAAGGACUGAACAUGGUUAUUUAUAUAUAUAGAUAUCUGUAUAUACACACACAUAUGUGCGCACACACACACACACUCUCCAUUAUCCAAGGACUGACUGUCAACCUCACCACACAGGGGUGGUGCCCUGGCCCUGAGGUCACCCCGACUUUUCUAAAUCCUGUUUGAGUGAAGUCAUUUUUUUCAUGUGUUCAUACUAUCAUUGUAGCUGUGAAGUUCCGGUACAGUUGUAAAAAGAGAAAUCGAGUUGUUUCUAUGUGUUCUUCAGACCUGCAGCCCACAAUUCCUCGGGAAGGGUGGACCUUGAGAACCCAAGUCUCUGCCGAGACCUGUUUUUAUUUGUGGUAGAAAAUACUGAGACAGAGCAUUUGCCAUGGGACAUUGACAGCCUUUAUACAAAUGUAUUUAGUUCUUUUUUUUUUUCCAACAUAAAAUUCUUGUUUUAAGAUACAAGUAAAAUUAAUCUUUAAAUAUAAAUGUAAAUUAGUACACAAACUAAGAAUCUUUAGACUUAACCUUUGUAACUAAUUAGGGUGGAAGUUAUGAAAGAAUGUAAUUCACUAAAUUAUUUUUUAAAUGAAACUUUUCUUUCUUUUUGAAACCAAAUGUUAAAAUAUAGCCUUAAAUGCUUGGUAGAAAUAGCCUAAUGAGACAAAUUUGUACUUUUUUUCUCAAGGUUAAAACUAAUCUCCUAAUCCAUUAAACUCUGAACAGGUAUUACAAAAGAAGAAAACUUCACCCCUAUCCUUAACAUAUAUAGUAUAUUUAAAAAUAUAAAAUUGUAUUGUACUAAUGUGAUGAUUGAUUAUUUAAUGAAAAAGAAAAGAUGGCUCUUUUUUUGCAAUAAGUAGAUAAAUACUGAAAAUCUAAACUCACAAUGUUUAUAGUCUUGUGUGUGCAGUUAUAUUUUAUAUGGACAACCAAAUUUUUUAUUAAGAUGCAUAAAUAUUUGAACCACUGAAAUGUAAUAACAAAAAUUUAAAAUUGGCGUGAAUACUGCACUGUGAGCUGCAAAGUAUAGAAAAUCCUGUGGCUGGGCGAAAACUUCAUCAACCAAACCAAUAAAAGGCUCAUCAGUUUUAGCAUCUGCUCCCCAGAAAAUUGUAAGCACCCUCACCAGCCUGUGAAUAAAUUCAUCAUUUCUGGUGAUUCCUAUAUGCCUAUUAACCUGCUAUAACGAUAUGUGUAGAUAUCCGUAUCUACACGUGCCCAUAGGUAGUUACUCAACACAUAUUUAUUGAGCAUCUAUUUAGUGUCACUCAGUUUGCUAGGUGCUGAUAUGUAUGUAUAUCUCAAUCUGUGUCCGUAGUUCUAGAUAUAUUCUCUAAAGACAUCCAUCUUCUUGACAUCUCUCAAUAAGUCACAGUCCUUGUUUGACUGAAGUUUAAGAGGCCCAGCUCUCUCUGUCUCUGACCUUCUCAGAUAGACUCAUCUGAAAGUCUGCCCAGAAGAGAUUCAACUCUCCAUGCCAAAUAGUCCAAAGCAUUGCCCAGGCAGAUUUGGUUUGCCGUGGCCAAAUGUCUUGGGUUAUUUCCGUAAGUGCUUCAUUGGGAAGGGGGCCGGGCACAGCCCCCAAGUUCCCAGAGGAAAGUGACAUUUGUAUAAUUGUUAGGACUCUGUUAACACAACAGAGCAUGAAAAGAGUUUUGUAAGUUGUGAAACAUGUCAAAACUUUCUCAUCAAGCCAGAAAAGAGAAACUUCAUUCUGUCACAUCCAAGCAACUCACGCCCUGCCCUGUCUCAUGCUCUGCUCUGACCCUGCUUGUGUAUUGGCUAUUGUCCAAGGGUCAUGAGCAUGAGAGUGUGACUGGUUUGCUCUUGGCAAACAGAAGAGCCCUGGACCAAGCUUGACCUCUCCCAAACCUGUGCCACUGGUCACUGGGAAAGCCAAAUGAGAGAGUGUAAAACUUUCCCCUUUUGGAAUGCACGUCCCUCACCUAUACCGAUAAGACAGUGUCCACCUGUCCUCUGUAAAAAGACUACCCUUUGUUCCCAGACUCCCAGUGGGCUCAAGGGAGACUUCCCAGUGUGCCCCCUUUCAUUUGGUCUCCAAACCAAACAUUAAGCUUCUUCCAUGGUCAUUCUGCUGAUGACUGCUGUUGGUUACCCAUCUUAAGGAUGUUUCUUUCACUCCCCUUUCCUAUAUCUUCCUUCAAGGGAACCCCCACUCCACCAAGACCAGGACCUCUGUAGAGAGGUACAGAUCAUCUUAUAUGUGUGGCCCAGAAUCAGACCAUCCAAGAACUUCAGGGGAAGAGGUAUUCUGUUCACGUUGCCACACACGAGUGGGCCUCUUCUGUGCUGCCAGGAAAGCUCUGGGGACUUACUUGUCCAAGCACAAAUAGACUGAGACCCAAGAAGUCCAGCUCAUUAGUUCUUUCAGUGGCAAAGAAGGCAUGCCAGGGUCUGCUGAGCUCACAGACUCAGCCGGGCCCUCUGAAACCUCACCGCCAGUGCCCUCCUCCAAAUGCCUUUGUGUUUAGUUUGGGGUUUUACAUGAAUGACCUUAAGGAUUACUUUUUGCUUUUAAAACAUUUCUAGGAUCCUUUAAACUUACUCCUUGUCUGGUUCAUUAAAACUCUCUCCCUCUCUGAACCACUGAUCCAGUUACCCAAACUCUUGGUCUCCCUUUGUCUUUCCUGAAUUGAACCUUGGGAAGGUCGUAGGGUUAGGGGUAUUAGAUGUAUUAGAACAUCUAAUCUGAGUCUGACCUUGGUCUUCCAGACUUUAUGGCAGAGUCUUCUCCCUUUGUCUGUAAAGCUUUCUAAACCAUAAAGAAACUUUUCUGAAGCUCUGCUGUCACUGCUCCCUUCUGGGUGUGCUCUCCUGGUGACCCUUCCCUACAUGGUUGGAUUCAAGAGGUACCUUGUAUUUUCACUGGAAAGUUUGGAGGCCAUUUUGCAUGACCUAAACAAGAAGUCGCUGCAAAGCUGCACCCUGUUCUGUUGGCAUUCAUUUUCAUCUUAGCAGGAAACCUAACAAAAUCAGGACUUCUUCCAGAACAUGGUCUAGAAUCCCAGAAUGUCCAGGCUAUCCUGGACCGGGGUUUCUCACCCUUGAUUUUGGACCAGAUAACACUUUGCUCUGAGGGGCUACCCUGUCCAUCAGGAGAGGUGUAGCAGCAACCCUGGCCUCUACCCAUUAGAUCCAGUAAAAUCCCUUCCCCCGAGUUGUCAAUACCCCAAAAUAUCUCCAGACAUCGUCAUAUGUCCCAAGGGGAACAGAAUUGCUCCCAGUUCAUACAGGCCACAAAUACUGUAUUUGAGAUUUUCUUUUUACUUCCAUUUUAUCCUGAGAAAGCUUCUCUCCUGGAAGGAAGCCUUGUUCCAGAUCAUUGAAAAGCGAGUAGAAUAUUACUCCAGUGGUUCUAUAUCCAUGUUUCCUCUUGUUUCAGAACCUCUGUUUCAAACAGUCUUUCUUACUACAAGUAUUCUUUCACUCGCCCCGUACUCAGCUUACACUUCUUUAAAGAACAUGUCUAAUUUGAUCCUCAUCCCUUUACCAGCUUAAAAAAAAAAAACAAAAUCCCAGCUAUUUUCUUAUUUCUCCAAACUCAUGGGUCUCAUUAUCAAACUUUUAAUCAUUUCAGUGAACUUCUUGUUCUCCUACUUUCUGCCUUACACUCAGUGCUGAUUGUAGAAUGUAUGGAAGUCUCUGAAACAUUUCUUUUCAUCUUUAGCAAUGGAGGAGGAAGAGAUCAGUUUUGGAAGAGGGCUGAUAGAAUUUUCUUUAUUGAGCUAAAAGAAAGCACAAUCUACUCCUUCAUUUUGUAGAUGAGAAGGUCAAAGUCCAGAGGAGAGAUGAUUUGCCCCAAGCCCCCAGCAAGGAAGACACAAUAAAGGCAAGACCCCUAGUCUCCUGCUGCUUUAACCUGCAGCCUCUUCUGUAGAGGUCGCACCUCUUGGUGCUCAGGCUUACAUGAGCCCUACCAAUGCAUGGACAGGUGAGAAGAGAGGGAGCUGAAAAACCCCCUUUUGCCAAAGCAGCCUCACCCCACGGCUGCUGCAGCUGCUCACGCUGGCCUGCGCCUUCUGCAGCAUCCAUGAGCCCAGCAGGUACGAAAGCUGAUGAGCCUUUUUGCCGACUCCAAGGACAGCCGCCCUGCCACAGGCUUCGGGUCCGAUUUCAAUUUGCGGAACAUCCUAGCAGCACAGCCCCACACUCAGACCAGCCAAAACCAGCUUCCCGUUCCCAGCACUUGGUGUCUCCAGCCCCCGGAAGACUUUUAAACCCAAGUCUUUAGGUCUCAAUACUGUAGUGGCUUUAGCAGUUUGUUUUUGUAUGACCGUAAAUUAUUUAAAUCCUGAGAUGACAGUCCAUUUUACAAACCAGGUACAGAUCAUUUGUAUAAUUUUGUAUAUGCUCUGGUACACUACACCUGUCCUGACGAAGGGUAGAACCAGUCUUGUUGGUGUCCACCCCUGUGACAAUGAAGAGGAUAUGUCUGCAUCACUUAUUUCUUUAUGUUGAUGUUUCUGUGGCAAAGCCCUGCACAUGUCAUUUCUGAAAAGCCUUAAAUCUUUGAGAUGUUGCGUGUAGGGUAUAAGUGCAAAAGGCUGCCUCGGAACUGUGAGCCCUUUUGUAAGCUGGAAGUGUUUCUCUUACUACUGUUACUUUUUUUAGGGAGUUUUCAAUUCAGAGCUGCCAAAGCGUUCCUGUCAGCAGUGCCUUAGUGAUACCUUAGUCGCGCCAGCCUUUUCUUACACCAGUUCUCAACGUCCAUUUCCUAAUUGGCCCAAUAUUGAAGACAGAACAAGCAAAAAAAAAAAUGUUGCCCUUUUUAUUUCGUAAGCCCAUUUUUUUCCAGUUCUGUGAGAAACUGACAGCUUGGUCUCAAAUCUGAAACUGGACACAAGUCAGUUCUCUGACCACACCCUUAAAUGUAUAUACCAAAACAGAAGGUUUUGCAGCUUCAUAGUUGACUAUGAAAAGCAAAUUGUACUUUUAAUGUUGCCUUUUAAAUUGACAACCAAAUACUUAGCUCUUUGUGACUCUUCUGCACUCUAGCAUGAAAGUGCCUUUGGUUUGAGAUUCCAGCUUAGAAAAGUGCUGCCAUAGUAACGAUAACUUGUCGAGAGACCAAAAAUUUCCUGAGAUCACCGUAAUGCCUUUGGUUUACCGGGAUGAAUAACCAGCCACAGGCCUCUGUUCUCAAGAGCACGACGUGGCCCUGGUGUUGCCGUCACCACCACCACCCACCAGGAGCACACUGCAGCAGGAGGGCCCCCAAGAACUAUGUCUGUGUGUGCGCCAAUGACCCAGCGUGUCAUCUCAGAUCAUCACCCAGCCCUGCACCCGCCCAAGGGGACUUCCACGCAGAUGGCAGAAUCUCACCCUCCUCCUGACAUUCGUGUUCAUUAGAGAAUGGAGGCUUUUCUGUUCCACUCAAACGACAGUGCGCACUUACCUGGUUGACACAGGGAUACCGUCUUGAAAGUUGGAAGCCUCAAACUGAGAUGACAGUGCAGAACAAAAAUGAGUUAGGGCCAUGACAAUUGAAGUGUUCUUCGUAGGGCGAAAAUGUGGACUCUGAGUGUUGUGUAUGAAUGUGCUAUGAGAAACUUCCAAAGAGCACCAUUCACAAUUCGGCAUUUUCAAAGAAUGUUCCAGCCCUGGAAGGGCCACUCCUCAAAGUCCAUGUGGGCUUUCAUCAAAACCUUAUGUUAAAUUGGGGACACUCAUAGAGGUAAGGAAGAAGCGUGAAAAGGAUGAGAAGGCAAAAACACCAGCCAAACAAAAGCCAGGGGAAAAAAAGAUUUUUCUUUACCGAUAAAGACUUAAAAAUGACAUCAGACGUCUUUGAAAGUUAGCCUCUGAACUCUUGAUGCCUAUGUUCCUUCUGUCUCUGUCUGGUGUCUAAGACUACCCUUUCUGGGCUCUGAAAUUUUAGGAGUGAUUUCUGUCCACACCAAGUUGUAUUUAUAGAAAUUUCUGCAAGGGAAAAAAAACUAUCAAAUGAAAAGAAAAAUUACUCAACAUGAGUUAGAGUUAGCUGCUUGAAUUGAGCCCCUCCCUGUCAGUACAACUUGGAAGAAAUGAGUCAAACACUUGUUUUCCUGCUUCUCUUUUCAACUGUUACUGUGCUUUGUUUGGCAAUAGUUUUAUCUCAUAAACUCAUUGCUUCUAUCAUUAAAAAUGAAGGUUUUGUGUUUAAAAUUUAUUGCAUUGAAAAGGAUAGUUUCACUGAAGUCAUGCACCAUUAAAUAAGAUGAAAUAUUUGUAUUUAUUGUCCGACUUCCUACGCCCUAGCUUGUUUUAUUCUCUGUGAAUUUGCAUUGAGUCAGUCGUACGCCACACUACAUCAUUUUAGUAUUUGUGUUCCCUCCCGCCAUCACUCAGUGGGGUCAGAGUCCAGUAGAUUUCACCUUUCACAAGUUGACCUUCUUUGUCUGCCUUCCGUUAAGAAGUCCUCUGAGAGGCAGACAGAAUGUAGGCAUAAAUCAGUUGGAAACCAGUCUGAUUUUUUUGCAUUUUUUUGCAUUAGUCAUUUUCUGUGAUUCAUUUCACUGUGUAAAUUAGAUAUUAACUGCACUUCUUUAAAAGAAAAAAAACAACACAUCUCCCUGUUACCUCCUUGAAAGAUUCACUUCUGUAGGCCUUUUCCAGUAGGCUUAUGACUGCAGAUUAAAAAAAGUAAAAACGAAAAACAGUAUGUGCCUGAAAACAACAACAACAAAAAGUUUUGUAACAUUUAGAAAAAGAAACCUGAAUAGCCUUUAAUUAUUUAAUAUGCUUAAAUUUUGUGUAAAUUGGUUUUUGCCACGUGUGUUUGUUCACAUUCUCAAUGACUUAAUGGGAUUCUCAUGGUCUGUGUCUUCGUGUCACGUGUAGAAAAUGGACUCGUGACGUAACGUUUCAUCUGGUCAGUGGUUCCUUUGACGUACUGCUGCUGGGAGCAGCUUGGGAACCUGCCUUAAGGCAACACGGUUCCCCUGGGGUAGAUUGAGAAAUGGGGGGCGGGAAUGGGGAUAAAUUCUCACACUUGUUCUCUUAACCUAUUUGCAGAAACCUUCAAAAGGCAUUGGGUUAAACCUCUCGGCAGUACAGUAUUCUUGUAUUUGUUAACGUCUGUGUUUAGGUACUGGUACCUUUUUGUUUAAAAAUGUUCUAAGUGUUGGCUUUAAAGUGAAUUUAUCUUUAGUAUGAUAGUUAUAUGAAAAUUAUAGGGUUUGUGUGCAGAGAAUUUUUUUAUAAAGUGCUUUGUAAAAAAAAAAAAUGUAUUCUAGCUUUCGCGGUACAUAUGUGUGAUAACUUUAAUAUCCAUGACAGUUAAGUGCAAUUAUUUCAUCACUCUAAAAAUGCUAUUUUUGUGUCAGUUCCUGCAGGUGUUUUCAUGUCUUUGCAAAGUGACACAUUUUGAUGCCUUCUUGAUAAAGUGGUAGACAUUUUGUAGCUUUCUAGAAACUUUGUAUUCAUACGGUAUCAAUGAAAAAUAAAGAAAAUGAAAGUGUGGGUCACCUUUUUUUAUCUCCACCAGUGUAUGCUGUUGAAAAUAAAAGGUGCACAGUGUUGUGGGUGAUGAUACAAAGCAUAGAGAGGAGGAGGUGUAAAAAUGAUCCUUACAAGGGUGUCCACCAAGCUCAGGACUUGCAGUACUAGGUGUUAAAUCUAGCAGGGUUUCUGAAAAGCACCCACAAGUCAGACUGUGCCUUGUUUGUCUUUAGUGCUUCAUUAAAAUUGACAUGUGUUUUGCAGAACAGCCUGUCUGGAGGUCCCAGGCAUGCCCUGAGAAGUCAUGCCCCACAUUCCACCAACCUGCAGUAGGACCUUGGAAAACCAAAAAGCCAGCCACACAGCAUUUCUUGUUCUAACCCAAUGUGCUGGUCAUGUGCCAGGAACCAGGGUAGAAGGAGGUUGGGCCACCCAGGUAUAUACUGUAUGACUCUUGCCUGCACAGUUGGGUUGCCUGUUGCACUGAAACCCUGUGCUCCAUCCUCAGCAUCAUUGUGGGGUUCCUGAUUCUGGCGUAUGCAGCACACAUGCAGAACAAACCUUUGCAUCCUCUGUUCACUGUAUGCUGGGUGCUGAGCUAAGAGCAUUAGUGCCUGGGUAUACAUUGUUCUCUUUAAUUCUCAAAAUAGUCCUAAUAACCAGGACAUUAUCCUCCCCACAGUUGUGACUGGUGAGUAGAGGAGCCUUAAAUAGGUACCCCUGACUCAAGCACCAUUGCGCUACAUUUCAGCUUACUGAGAGUCCAUGGCAGCAGCUCAAGACUGGAGGAGAAAUCUGGGUGGAGAGGGACUGGUUUUCUUACACAACAAUGACUUGGGCUUCUGACCACAGGACUGCUGGCACCAGGGUCCUCCUACUCUUCUCCCCACUUCUUUGAAAGCUGAGGUAAAGUCCUACUCAAAUCCCAAGAGGUACUGAGCAAUAAACUGAGCAAUAAAAAUCCCAGCUCCUUUGAAAAGAGAUGUUUCCAGUAAACCACAGUUUAAUAGGAAUGCUGUUUUCCAGGAAGCUGCUGGGGCAGAGGGAAGGGACCCAGGAUGUUGUGAAGACCUUCUACUAUGCCAGGCACCUACAUAGUCCCUAUUCCCUUUAACCUGCAUACUCUUGAAUAAAGGGUUUGCUGUCAGUUUUCCAGUAAGGAAAAAAAUCCAUGGUGACGAUCAUAAAAAGCUACUUAGAGGCAACAAAGUGGAAAAGAAAACCCUUGCAGUUCUACCACAGACUGUAGGCUUUUGCCCUCCACUCCCUCCUCUGAAAUGAGGUGCUUAGUAGCUACAUCAAAAACACCAUCCAGUAAAGGAAUCAAAGGAGCAACAGGGAGGGUAAAUCAUGCUUCAGGUAAGGUCAGAGAACAAGCAACUUUGCAGAGAACCCUGCUCAUUUCUUCCUGCCUGUGGCUGCAGGAGACAAGUCAUAAGCACAGAUAGUGCCUAUUGAAAGCCAAAUCGCCUGUUUAUUCUUUUUAUUUUAUUUUUUUUGAAGUAGUCUGAGCAACUGAGAAUUCUUAUGAAAAAAAGUGUGUAGGCUUGUGAAUUUGUAAAGCAGAUUCUCACAUUUGUGACCUUAGAAGGUUUUCAAACAAUUUCGGUUAUUUAUAGAAAAAACAGGCCAAAAAAAUGUAGGACAUAGAUUUGGACAGCAUUAUUAAUGUGCAGUUUUAAUUUAUGAGCUACAAGGUAGUGAAGCCAGCCAUUGGAGAUUUACACAUUAUUUUCAAGCACACAUGGAAGUUUUAUGAAAAUUGACAGUAUCCAAGGCCAGGGGUCUGGAAACUGUGAUCUGUGGCCAGCUGCCUGUUUUUGUAAAUAAAAUUUUAUUGGAACAUGGCCAUUACUGCUUGUUUACUUAUUGUCUGUGGCUGCUUUCAUGCUAUAAUGGCAGAGUUGAUUAGUGGUAAUAGAGUUUAUAGCCUGCAAAGCUGAUAGUAAUUAUUACCUGGCCCUUGCUGACUCCCAUCCUAAGCCAAAAAGCAAGGUCCUGCAUCCAACAGUCCUGAAAAAAUAGUUGUGUUUCCAUUUCCCCAGUGUUUAGACACUCUGGCAAGUGACUAGGUCCCUUUGAAGCCCUUGUGGCAUCAUAGUAUCAUUUCUCAAAGUGCUCCAUCCUCCCCCUCGAUCCAUCAGCUCUGGGGAUCAGCUCUUGGAUCUUGAAAACUUGGGUGAGAGAUGAUUUUUCAUCGCAGCAACUGACAUCGCAUCCAAUCUUGCUAUUUUAUGGCUUAAACAGGUAAGCAGCACUUUUGAUGGCAGCCUAUCUAUCUUGUCCCUGUUUAGCCAUUACAGGUCCCC